AUGACAAUCAAGGAUGUAAAUGAUAAGGUUAAAGCCAAUACCGCUGCAAUUGCAAAACUACAAGAAAAUUUCACUACCUUCUCUGCUGAUCUCAACUCCAAGUUUGAUUUACUUCUUCAGAAAUUCGAUUCAAUUCCUGAACCAGCUAGUACUUCUCAUACAGAACCUCAGGGAGAUAAUCGAUUUCAUCAUCCACAUCACCAGCCUAUCAACAUUAUCGACUUCCUAAACUGGAUUUUUCGAGAUUUGAUGUACAAGAACAAGAAAAUUACACUACAAGGUACAACACCAACAUCUUCAUUGUCCAUGAUGAGCAGUGCUGAAGCCAAGAAAUUUUUUGACUCAACUUCAUAUGGCUUGGUAGGUCAUUUGAACUCCAUAUCUACCACUACACCCAACCCCACCCCUUCUAAAAUACUUCCAUUGCUUCAGGAGUUUGAUGAUAUUUUUGCAGAGCCAACUCAGCUACCCCCUCAAAGGAAUUUAGAUCAUAAAAUACCUUUACAACCAAACUCAGUCCAUGUGAAUCAACGAGCUUAUAAAUGCCCAUAUAUCCAUAAAGAUAUAGUAGAACAUCUUUUCAAGGAAAUGCUUCACUUUGACAUCAUCCAACCUAUCCAUAGCCCCUUUGCAUCUCCAAUACUUCUUGUCAAGAAGAAAGGCAAUACAUGGAGAUUCUAUGUUGACUAUAGGAACCUAAACAGCAUUACAGUCAAAGACAAAUUUCCCAUACCCAUUAUUGAGGAGUUAUUGGAUGAAUUGAAUGGAGCUACUGUUUUUACAAGAAUUGAUUUGAGAGCUGGCUAUCAUCAAAUCAGAGUGCAUCUCUCAGACAUUUUCAAAACAACUUUCAGAACACAUCAGGGGCAUUAUGAGUUUAAAGUAAUGCCCUUUGGCCUCACUAAUACUCCAGCUACAUUUCAAGCUUUAAUGAAUGAGGUAUUUCAGCCUGCAUUGAGGAAAUUUAUUCUGGUGUUUUUUGAUGAUAUUUUGAUCUAUAGCAAGACUAUGUAUGAACAUGUGGAGCAUCUCAAGUAUACCUUCUCAUUACUUAGACAACAUAAGCUGUAUGCCAAGAUGACUAAAUGUUGUUUUGGCCAAUCCUCUCUAGAGUAUUUGGGUCAUAUCAUCACAGCAGCAGGUGUUUGUGCUGAUCCAAGCAAAAUUGCUUGUAUGCAAUCUUGGCCAACACCAUCCACCUUAAAGGAAUUAAGAGGAUUUCUUGGACUUACAGGAUACUACAAGAAAUUUGUCAAGAACUAUGGAGAAAUAAGUAAACCUCUCACUGAUCUUCUCAAGAAAAAUUCUUUUCUUUGGACUUCAGCUGCUACUACUGCUUUUGAGAACCUCAAGACUGCAAUGAGUAACACUCCUGUGUUAGCUCUACCUAAUUUUACAAAGCCAUUUAUAGUUCAGAGUUAUGCUAGUGAUGCUUGCAUUGGAGCAGUUCUAAUCCAAGAAGGAAGACCCAUUGCUUACUUCAGCAAACCAUUAGGCCCAAGAGCUGCCGCAAUGUCCACUUAUGAGAAAAAACUUCUGGCUAUAGUUCUGGCUUACAAAAAGGGAGCUGAGAAUACUGUUGUUGAUGCUCUUUCUAGAAGACCUUCAGCUAUUGCUUCUUGUCACUCCAUUACCACUUCUACUCCAAAUUGGGUCCAUGAUGUCACCAACAGCUACACCAAUGACCCCAAGGCCAACCAACUAAUAUCUCAACUCCUCCUGAGUCCUGACAGUGCUCCACAUUACACUUACACAGAAGGAAUUUUGAGGUACAAAACUAAACUUUAUAUUGGCACUAGAGGCAAUGUAAUACAAUCAUUGUUAGAAUCUCUACAUGUUUCUGCACUUGGAGGCCAUUCUGGAGUGCAAGGAACUAUUUUUAUUGGAAGGACUCACCAAAUAUGCUCAUUUUUAGCUCUUCAACACCCCUACACAGCAGCUUCAGUUGCUCAUACCUUCUUCAAUGAAGAGUUCAAAUUACAUGGUUUACCUUCAUCCAUUGUAUCUGACAGAGACAAGGUCUUCACCAGCAAUUUUUGGCAGGAUCUGUUUAAGGCUUUGGGCACAACUCUCAACCUCAGCACUGCUUAUCAUCCCCAAACAGAUAGUCAGACUGAGAGGGUCAAUGCUUGCUUAGAAAUUUAUUUAAGAUGUCUUACUGUCCAUAAACCAGGCAAGUGGGGCCAAUGGAUAGCUCUUGCAGAAUGGUGGUACAAUACAAGUUUCCAUACCAGCCUCAAGAUGUCUCCAUUUCAGGCACUGUAUGGGUAUGUGUCUCCACAUCUUGCAUUUCAUGCUUCUGUCACCACUUCUGUAGAUGUUGUUGAAACAUAUUUGAAGGAAAGAAAUUCCUUACUAGAUAUUCUUAAGGAAUCACUCCACACAGCUCAGGCCAGAAUGAAGUUUUAUGCAGAUCAGUCUAGAAAAGACAGAUCUUUUGAAGUUGGUGAUCUGGUGUAUCUAAAACUACAACCAUACAGGCAAGCAUCUCUAUCCUUGAGAAAGAAUUUCAAAUUGUCCUCCAAAUUCUAUUGGCCUUUUCCAGUCUUGCAGAAAGUAGGACCAGUAGCUUACAGGUUGGAACUACCCUCCUAUGCACGCAUCCAUCCAGUAUUUCAUGUGUCCCAACUGAAGAAACACAUUGGCCUCAAGCACACUCUAGUUCCAACAUUGCCUGUAGUUGACCAUGAAGGAGCAAUUAUCAUGAUGCCUGAGAAGAUUCUCCAAACCAGACAAGUUCUGCAGGGUGGCAGGUUGGUCAAGCAAGUUCUUCUACAAUGGACAAACUCAUCUCCAGAAAAUACCACUUGGGAAGCUCUCUCUGAUGUAAAGGCACAUUAUCCAAAAUUCAUCCUUGAGGACAAGGAUUCUUUUGAGGGAGAGGCAAUGUCAUAG